GCGGCGAGUCCGCGCUGAUGCUUUGUUAGUGAGAGAUUGUGACACUAUUUGGAUGUGUCUGGCAGAAAGUGAUUCUUUAGUUACAAGAAAGGUUGAAAUAGGCGAAGUGAAAUGACGUGAAAUAAAAGAAAUUUAUUAAGAAAAUCUAAAAAGAAUAACACGAAGAAAAGUUCGUGAAUUUCUAGCUCAUAAAUAACCACCAACGUUCAAAAAUCCAGUCAAAAUGUUUAGAAUGAAAAUAAAUUUUAUAAUCGCAUGUACAUUAAUCAAACUGACAGUUGCAAGUGAAAUUGGCAACUCAAGCGCGGUGCUGCAAGUGGCGGCUAGACAGCAAGCGUUAGACGAGACAUUUAAGCGCACAUCGCCACUUUAUGGCUUAUCAACAAUCAGUGAUGAGCAUUUAAUUAAACAGCAAUGCCACAAACACUUGCAGCUCUUCCAAAAUGGUUUAAGACAGAAAUUGCCUUGGGCAUUGAAAAUGUAUGACGCCUCGGCUAGCCUCGAAUCGGGCUUUACAUUUGGCAACAAUUUCUGGUUGGGCAAUAUUGAGGUCUGUCAGGCCGUCGCUCAACCGGUCAACUUCCAGGUGUCAUCCUAUCUACCACAUCAAAUGAAAGCAGAGCUACUGACCUCCUUUGCGCCGUUCCCCGUCGAAUUUCGCGUUCUCUACUUUCGUCACAACUCCAGCUGGCAAGUGGAUCCCGUUGUGAUUGCGUUUGCAACACGCGUUCAUAUGGGUCUCUGUGUACCCAGCUCCUGUACGGAACAGGACAUACGCAGUCUCAUGGAAAUCUACUUGUCCAGCGAUCUCUUUGCCGGCAGUGAACUGUUUGAUAUGAAUUUGCAAUAUGAUUAUGCUAAGGAUCUGAAGAUGAAGCCGGAGACUUUUCGCAGAACUUCAUUUUAUUUGUGUUGUGUUUUUAUUACUGCAACAGUGGGUCUGACAAUUGCUGCCGCUAUGUUAAAGACAACAACGGUCAUUGAAGAGAUUAAUAUCGGCAAAAGCUCAGACGAAGCGCAAAAAGCUACGGGGAACUCCACAGAAACCAAAUCUGAAAACCAGCAGUUUAUUGUUGCGUCGAGCGUUGUUGCUUGUUAUGACAUACAAACGAAUUGGAGGUACAUCUUUAAACAGACUAAGUCGAGUAACACUUUUGCGGCUUUAAGUGGUAUUCGUUUUGCCAGCGCCAUUGGUGUCACCUUGUAUCAUUACUUAAUGUUCUUCUUCAAUGGCACACGAAAUAAGUUGACACUUUUCGGCUAUUUAGUGCAAUUCGGAAAUUUUGAUGUAUUUGUGGAUGUGUUUUUUACAAUCAGUGGAUUCCUACAGACUUAUCACCAUUUUCGAAAUGUCGUAUUGUUGGAUAUGAUACGUAAAAAUAAUUUUAAACAAAACAUAAUGCUGAUAGGGCUGCAUUUAUUUCAUCGAUACUUGAGAUUGGCACCGCUAUUCUUCCUAACUAUGGGCUUAUUAGAUUUUAGCGCUAAACUUAUGGAUGACAUAUCACUAUUAGAUAUCGAGCAUAAAGCGCAUGUCCACUGUGAAAAUUAUUGGUGGCGAAAUGUGUUGUUCAUACAGAAUUUCUACGAUCACAAUGAUAUGUGUGGCCUCUGGACAUGGUCCUUGGCGUGUGAUAUGCAGUUCUCGGUAUUGGCCACGGCUUUGCUGUUUCUUUAUGUCAAACAUCCAAAACAUACAAAAUUAUGCUUAGCAAGUCUGGUUGUGGCUAGCAUAGGCUACACCUACAACUAUGGACUCAAGCUGAAUUUCGAUGGUACUCUGGAGUCAACGUUCGCCUUUCUAACGGAAAUCUAUAUACAUCCGUUAGCACGCAUUUUGGCUUAUAUUUCUGGUAGCAUCGCUGGCUGGUACUUCGUUGAACAGAAGCAGUUACCAUUUACCAUAAGCAAGCGAAUGCAGCAGUUUACGCUUUAUUUGUUGUUGUUCGUACUCACCGGCUGCAUAGUGAAGCCUUCCUUUCAUAUAAUUUCUGUUUUUACAUCAACGUCCAUUUUACUGUUGCAACGGUUCGUCUUUACCAUCACACUUAGUAUAAUAUUUGUGGCCAGUGGUUAUGGCCAUAUACGCUGGUUUUUUAGUUUCUACGAGUCGGUCAACUUUCAGAAAUUUAGUAGAUUUGCCUACCCAAUGUUUCUGUUGAAUCCACUCAUCAUUUAUGGAUUGCCGUAUCUUAGUCGUUCUAACCUCUAUGCCAAUCCUUUGCAAAUGUGCGCAGAAUUGAUCGGUAUAUUGGUGGUACUAGUAUUAUCGUCGACGGUGUUUACUUUACUCUUCGAAGUACCAUAUCAAAAUCUAUCAAAGCUUCUGAUCAUUCAACAAGUCAAGAAAAAAUUUACUUAGAGAUUUAAUUUAUAUAUAACUGUACUUAAAUUGCCUUAGCGGCUGAUUUGGUUUAGUGGUAUAAUCAGGAGAACUAUAAUAAAAUACAAAUCCAGAACUUGUAUAACAAAGGCAAAUAAACUCUCUUUAU